AUGGCGGAAACCAACGGCUCUCACGUCGUUCAGAUCCCCGUUGACGACGAGCACAAGCAGAAACUGGGGGUCUCCGUCGCCUCCGGCAUCCAUAGUCACCCGCUGGCGGAGAUCUCUCAGAGCCCCGGCCAUUUCCUCCUCCUCAAGCUGUGGCAGCGUGAGGAGGACCUCUACGGCCGCCGGAUGUUCCUCAAGGAGACGAGGAAGGACGCCAUCGGCCGCGAGAUCUUCCACCUCUGCUUCUCCUUCUUCCUCUUCCACGGCCUCUGCUUCACUCUCCUCUUCACGUCCACCGCCGGCGACCGCCGCCGCCGCAGCUGCCGGGAGUGGUGGAUCCCGUGCGCCGUGUCCGCGUGCACCUCCCUCAUGCUCGCGUUCCUCGUUCAGCUGAAGCUCUACGGGUACUGGAAGGUUGACCGACAGCUGCAGAGGGAUCGGGCCGAGGGCCGGGCCCUGACCCGCUGCGUCCAGGAGCUUCGGAUGAAAGGCGCGAGUUUCGAUCUGGAUAAGGACCCGCAGGCGGGCGGGAAGAGGAUGAAGAGCUCGAGCGUUGAGAUCAAGUGGAGGCCGCUUGCGUGGUGCUCGCAGUAUAGAGCCACAGUUUUUCUCCUCUGCUUUGCAGGCUUGGUGUUGCCGUGCACCAGAUUCAUCCUGUGCUCCUAG